AGGGUAGUUGGGACUGGUAGAAAAGAGAGAGCCGUUGUCGGCUUGGAAGACUCGCACACUAGUCUUAACGUGCAUUUUGGGUUAUUUGUUCUUGUAAACCUGCCAUCACAAAGGCUCUCUUUGUUAUUUCUGAAAACUUGCAAAACAAUGGGCAUUCGAUUUUUAAAGUUUAUUAUCAUCAUCCUCUUACAGCUUUUCUUCUCUAGUUUCUUAUAUGGAACAGAUAUCAUCACCUCAUCCCAAAAUCUUAGUGAUGGCGGAACCUUGGUUUCUAGUGAUGGAAACUUUGAACUGGGCUUCUUCAGUCCUGGAAGCUCUGGCAAGAGCCGUUACUUGGGAAUUUGGUACAGGAAUAUUCCAGUUCAAAAUGUUGUUUGGGUUGCUAACAGGUGCAACCCAAUAAAUGACUCGUCUGGUGUUUUGAUGAUAAACAACACCGGUAAUCUGGUACUCCUCAACCAAAGCAGGAGUGUUGUUUGGGCAUCAAACUCAAAGAAAGAAGCUCAAAACCCAGAAGUGCAGCUCCUGGAUUCUGGAAAUCUUGUUCUACAAGAUAGAAUUGCUGGUAAACCAACACUUAUGUGGCAAAGCUUCGACUACCCCACUGAUUCUUGGCUGCCAGGGAUGAAAUUUGGAUGGGACUUAAGCACUGGUCUUAAUCGACGACUUUCAGCAUGGAAUUCGCCGGAUGAUCCCUGUCCUGGAGACUUAACUUACGGAAUAGAGCUAUAUGGUUUUCCUGAUCUUGUCAUGCGGAAAGGCUCAAGAAAGUAUUCCCGGACAGGGAGUUGGAAAGGCAUCGUAACUAAUCAGUUUAUUACAACCACUGCCAUCUCAAAUGAACAGGAGUUUUGCUUAAUCUAUUACCCCAAGACCAAAUCAGUAAUCACAAGGCUUGUUUUGAACAAAACUUCCAGUAAGGCAGAGCACAUCAUAUGGAAUGAAGAAGGUAGAACUUGGACGGUGUACAGCCAAUUUCCAAGUGAUGACUGUGACAACUAUGGGAGUUGUGGAGCAUAUGGGAACUGUGUCAAUACAGAAAUACCGCCUUGUCAGUGUUUGAAAGGUUUCAAGCUAAAAUCACAGGAAUUGAACUCAGUGGACUGGUCUCAGGGCUGUGUGCGCAAUAACUCAUUAGACUGUCAAAAAGGAAACGGAUUUAAAAAAUUUGGUAGGUUGAAAGUGCCUGAUGCUGAACAUUCUUGGGUGAAUGAAGGUAUGAAUCUCCAUGAGUGUAGGGCUAAAUGCUUAGAGAAUUGUUCUUGUAUGGCCUAUACAACCUUGGAUAUUAAAGAAGACAGAGGCUGUGUAAUUUGGUUUGGUGAUCUAAUUGAUCUUAAAUUUUUCCCAUCUGCUGGACAGGAUUUAUAUAUUCGAAUGUCAGCUGCUGAUUCAGACCAUGAAGAGACAAAAGGCAACACUAAAAUGAAGGCUGCACUAAUAACUGCAGCUGCCAUUCUUGUAGUUAUUAGUGUUGUUGUAAUCACCUACUACAUUCGCAAGAGCCAUCGCAGCGUAGAAGAAAGAGAAAUUUUCCGGCGCAAUGAAAGGCAAAAUGAAGAUUUAGAACUCCCAUUUUUUGAAUUUGUUGUAAUAUCCAAAGCCACCAAUGAUUUCUCUUCCAACAAAAAGCUAGGAGAAGGUGGCUUCGGGCCUGUAUACAAGGGUACUUUGCCUGAUGGAAAAGAAGUUGCGGUGAAGAGGCUCUCAAGAAGUUCUGGACAAGGAAUAGUGGAGUUCAAGAAUGAAGUAGCACUUAUAGCCAAACUUCAACAUCGGAAUCUUGUAAAGCUUUUAGGAUGCUGCAUUCAAGGGGAGGAGAAAAUGUUAAUUUACGAAUACAUGCCUAAUAAAAGUUUGGACCACUUCAUUUUUGAUGAUACAAGAAGGAAUCUAUUAGAUUGGUCAAGGCGUUUUCACAUUAUUUGUGGAAUAGCUAGAGGGCUUCUUUAUCUACAUCAAGAUUCUAGAUUGAGGAUCAUCCAUAGAGAUAUCAAAGCUAGCAAUGUUUUGCUUGAUAAUGAAAUGAACCCCAAAAUUUCAGAUUUCGGUUUGGCCAGAACAUUUGCAGAACAAUCAGAUGCGAAAACAAAUAGAGUGGUUGGAACCUAUGGUUAUAUGGCACCGGAAUAUGCCAUUAAUGGACAAUUCUCAGUAAAAUCUGAUGUUUUCAGUUUUGGCAUAUUGUUGCUCGAGAUAAUAAGUGGAAAGAAGAAUAGAGGGUUUUACCAUCUCAGCCAGAAUAUUAACCUUAUUGGACAUGCAUGGAGAUUGUGGAAAGAAGGACAUCCUCUAGAACUGAUUGAUUCGUUUGUAAAAGAAUCUUGCACUCUAUCCGAAGUAUUAAGGUGUAUCCAUGUUGGUCUCUUAUGUGUUCAACAACAUUCCAAAGAUAGGCCGAGUAUGUCAUCUGUGGUUUUGAUGCUGGGUAGUGAAAAUAAAUUGGUACAACCCAAAGAACCUGGUUUUCUUUUUGUAGAGAAAUGCCCUGAAAUAGAUCCCUUAUUCACUAAAGUUGAAUCAAGUUCAACAAAUGAAAUUAGUCUCUCAAUGUUGGAGCCUCGAUAAAGAUUACUUGAACGUUGUAUACCUCUUGCUACUUAUGUUAUUUAAUGUUAUUCACGAAUGCUUGCCAUGUAGCCUUAACCAUUAUUUGUACAAAAUUAAUAGUGAUACUUAUCUUGUUUGAUCCUUCAUUGCCCAACAUAAAUUCAUAAAUUACUC